AUGCAAACGGAAGCACAUAGUCCCGCAGCACGCCUACUUGUGCAGGCAGUGCAGGCAGCGCCGGAAACAGCACCAGCGGUAACCAACGGUAGCCGGUGGUUGCCAGGCACCCUUAGCAACGGGCAUCGCGAUGCACGUGACAGUGCAGCAGGUGCGAAGAAGCUUCUCGAACAUUUGGCGGCAGAAAAAAGCGACAGAAAACCAAAAAGUAUUGGAAAGCGUGGAGGGGCGGAAAAGAGAGAGCAGGCCGAUGAAGGAUCAGUAGAAAUGGUCAAAGAUCAGAAGCUUUAUCGGUUUCUGGAGAUUGCACCGGACGCGGACGAAAACGCGAUCCGGAAGGCAUACCGGAAACUGGCGCUCAAGUAUCAUCCGGACAAGAAUCCGGCGGGGGCGGAACGGUUUAAAGAAAUUAGCCUUGCCUAUGAGGUUUUAAGUGACCCGAAGCGGCGACAGCUGUACGACCAGUAUGGGCUGACGGAGGGCCAGCCGCAGCCGGAUAUGGGGUUUUCCGGGGGGCCGGGGGGGUUUCACGGGUUUUCGACGCGAAUGGGCAAUGGGCAGUCGUUUUUCUUCUCAACCGGUGGGCCGGACGGGGGCUCCCGGUUCAAUCCGUCGUCGGCCCAUGACGUCUUUGCGUCGUUCAUGAAGAACUUUGGAGGCAGCUUUGGCGCCAGUGAUGCAGACGACUUCAGCAUGGGAGACAUGUCUGGGGGGUUCGGGCGGUUCUUUAAUAUGGGCGGAAGCACAGGCAUGCAUGGGGCCCAUGGGGCCCGUAUGGGCGAGAGCAGCAUGAAACGCGACAACGCGGAGCGGGAAAUCGUUACCAAACCGCUCCAAUUGACUCUAGAGGAAUUGUUUAAAGGCACUACCAAACGCAUGAAAAUUAAGCGCAAAGUUUACACCAGUGGAACAAUGCGCCAAGAAGAGCGCAUUUUAGAAGUUCAAGUCAAACCCGGCUGGAAACCCGGUACUAAAAUCAAAUUCGCUAGAGAAGGCGAUGAAAAACCCAAUGGCACUGUACAGGACGUGCAUUUUAUCGUUGAAGAAAAACCCCAUCCCCUCUUUAAAAGAACGGGUGAUAAUCUCACCACCGAAUUGGAACUCACUUUACUCGAAGCAUUAACCGGAUUUUCCAAAACCAUUGCCACAAUCGAUGGCAAACACUUAAAAAUUACAAGUAUUAAUCCAGUGCAGCCGGGCCAUGAGAUAUCGUAUCCUGGUCACGGCAUGCCUUAUUCGAAAGAUCCUUCUGUACGUGGAGACUUGAUCGUUAUUUGCAAAGUCAUCUUCCCGUCAACCAUUUCUCCUGAAAAAAAAACAGCACUUAAACAAAUUUUUACGUAAAAUCAGCAUGAUAGUAGAUAAAGCAACCCGGGUUUUCAUUAAUUUCUCAUUAAUAGAUAUAUGG